GUCCCUAUUCCUCUUUCCCCAGACCCAUAAUCCUAUCCUAAUUUAGUGUCCCCAUACGGAGUCACCUCCUUCCUAAUUGUCUAUGAUACACCAAUAGGAUCUAGGAUCUAUCUCUUACUCAAUUAUUUACGGAAAUCGCGAUGCCGCGCACUUCCACAAGGCAAGCCCCCCUGCCCCGAGGGCAGCCCGGGAUCCAGAGUUUCGCAAGAACGACCAAACCCGGCGUAACUACCCGUCAAUCCAUCUCCGAGAUCAAGAAGCCCUCGACGACAUGUCUCCCGGUCUCGCCUUCCAAGAAACGCAAACUGCAUGAGCUCGAGAACAUCGAGUCCCACGGCCCGGAUACCGCCAAGGGGGAAAGCACGGCCCCGGAGGCGGCUACUCCUUCUAAGACUCUGAGAUUGGGUGAAUUGGUUCUCAACACUCCAAGGAGCGGUCACUAUGCGCGGUCAACUGUCCGGACUCCUACCGGUGCUAGUGGGAGUCCGCCCACUUCGCCCUCGAAGCGCAGAGCUACCAAGAACCCUUCGUCGGCUACUGUUCUCCCCGCACAACGCCGUCCAGCAUGUGUCGACGACCUCGUGAACCUGCACUCGGCUUUCCUCAAGGCUGUUGCUCUUCAUGCUAUGCAUAACGGUGUUACUGCCCCUGCGGACCUCAGAGAACUGCUACCCACUAUUGAACGGCUAUGGAAGAAGCGUAAGGUGGUGGCCAAGGACCUGCAGCGGCUUCUUUGGGUUCUGGAACAGGAGUCGGAGGCGACGGCAUUCCCUGGGUAUCGGAUCGCGAAUUACGGGCUGGGCAGGGUAUGCUUGGAGCGGGUGUUGCGGGACGGCGAGGAGCGGACGAGCGAGAGUGAUUUGCAGGAACGGUUUGAGCAAAGUGUGGAUUUGCUCUGGGAGAAGGCGUUGGAUGCGGUGGAUGGCGAUGAGACGAGGGUGGAUUUCGUCGGGACGCUGGGCGUGGCCAUAAUCCAUGAAUCGUUGACGCCGUUUACGACGUUUCACAAGGGACAGCAACGGUUGCAGGACUUGAAGGGCGGGGUGAUUCGGUUGAAGACAGAGAAGCUGCGCGCUGAUGCCAAGGAGGAUGCGCCAGAGAAGCCGGUCGACGCGACGAGUACCCGUCGGAAGGGGCUGCUGGAUCGUAUCAAAGAUAAGCAGCUGCGUCAGGCGAAGUUGCCCCCGCCGCCGUCGAAGGAAAUGUUGCUGCGGAGGGCGGCCGCGGAGCGGGUGGAGGAGGUUGCCGGGGUGUUGGCCUUGUUGAGACCGGCUGGGUAUGUUGGCACCGGGGCCAAGGCUGUCACGACGGCGCAGCGGACGCCGUUCCGCAUGGAGAUGAUUGCGCAGAAUGUGCGGGAUUCCGUGCGGAGUCCCAUCUCGCAGCAGGAGGUGGAAAUCUGUGUGGAGAUCCUGGCCCGGGAGGAUGUUGCUGGGGGGUGGGUGAACCUCGUCACGGUGAAUCAUAUGAGAUCUGUGGUGCUCAAGUCUUGCGCUGAUGUUCAGCCCAAGGAGAUUGGGGCCAAGGUGGCCCAGUUGAAGAUUGGAUGGGAUGCUCCCACAACGGCGGUGGCUUCUGCAUGAUGUCUACGUUGGGUACAUGUGUCUUUCUUUUGGAUGGAUGUUCUGUUUGAUACCUCAUCCGGCGGCCUGGCAUGCUCCGGCAUUAUGAUUGCAUUGACAGCGGUAUGUAGCAUUUAGCGCAUAUUUAUGUAUAAUAUGGAUACGAUGAUUGAGAC